UUUCACUGGAACGUCGCACCUAAACAUUACUGAACAUGCAGCAGGGCCGACGGACGCCUCGAUACGCGUCGCAGUAAAUUAUUCGUUCGUUUAGUAUGUCGUGUCGAUAGUCUUACGUCUUUCAGCGUCAACACAGAAAUGCUCGUCAUGAGUGCGAGUCAUUUUAAAUCCCGUCGAGACGAUGUUAACCAGCUGUAGUUGUGCAUGCUCAAAUGUAGCCGAGUGGCCAUCCGGUGUAUUUUAAUCCGAGGGCAAGCAUUCAAAGUUACUGAAAAGAGGAUUUUUUAAAAUAGUAAGGGUGUGAUCAUGUUGCCCGGCUAGUUACAACCAGCCGGAAGUUGUCGUCGCGCAGUCACCGGAGCUGUCCGGUGUUUUUAUUCCUUCGGUUGCUUUCAGUGAUUGAAAAUCUGGCGUUAGCUUAGCUUCAACCUUAAGUCACCAAGCAAACUGGACAAAACGUUGGAUUUAGUCGGCUUUAAGUCGAGCGCGACGGGUUCGCUGACCCCGCAGAAGAAAAUGAAGAAGAGAAAGGAGCUCAAUGCCCUCAUCGGACUCGGGGACAGCAAGAGAAAGAAGGCGAAGAAGGGCUCCGGUCACCGGCUUCUCCGUACCGAACCGCCGCCGGAUUCGGAGUCUGACUCAAGCUCGGAUGACGACGAGUUCAACGGCAUCAGCAGCCGAGAUAGCUUUGGCAAGAGAACUUACAGUCAAUGCUGCACUGUGUGCUACCCAUUGUUUCUCUUCAUCAUCCUCGCUGCUUGUGUCAUGGCCUGCGCUGGACUCAUCUGGAUGCAGAUUGCCUUGAAGGAAGAUCUGGACUCAAUGAAGGAAAAACUGCGUAGCAUGGAAUCCAGCCAAAAAGAGUCUUCAAGUGAAAUACCAAAACUAAGCGAGGAGCUGAAAAACAAGGAUAGAAAGCUUGAUGACAUUGAAAAUGGGGAGAAAGGGUUAAGCAAACUCUGGUUCAACCUUACAGAAGUGACCAGAAAGAUCACUCUGCUGGACUCCGCUGUAAACCACUUAAAGGCCAAUUUGAAAUCAGCUUCUGAUUUAGUCAGCCUGCCCACUACAGUUGAAGAACUACAAAAGAGCGUGGCUACUAUAGGCAGCACUCUAACAAGCGUGCAACAUGAUGUGAAGACAAUGCAGACGGCACUUGAAAAUCUGAAAAAUUUGGACGAUGGGCUGAAGGACAUUAGUGACCUGAGGACAGCAGUGAGCGAGGCAAACCAGACAGGGGCACAACACCACAAGUGGAGUAAUGAGCAGAUUCACAUGCUCCUUUCUAAUGUUGCUGAGCUUCAGAGCAGAAUGUCGUCUUUAGAGAGCGGCUCCAAACAAAACUUGAAAAAUGCUGAAUUUCAGCCACUUACCAGCAGCGGGCCUCAAAUGACUGAGAUGACUGAGACCCAAACUGCCCAAUCAUCAUCACCAGACACCACCACGUUAAGUCCUGACACGGAGACUAGCAGACGCCCGCGCUUCCUCCCCACAAAACGCUACAAGAGAAACACUGAUGUCAAAUGCCAAAAAAAGCACUUGCUUUCAGGGAUGACUUUGAAAGGUCUGGAAGAAAUUUUUGCAGAUGUCAAGGGCGAUCCGGCAAACCUGACUUACGAGGAGCUAUGGGGAAAACUCGGGUCAUCCAUUCCGAAAGCUCGCGCAUUGAGAUGUUUUGACAGUGACGGGGACGAGAGCUACUCCCUGACAGAGUUGAGAGUUGCUUUUGGGGUGUGAACGGGGAACCCACAGACAGCAGUAUUGAAGGAAGCCCAGCGAGCUCUGGGAUACGAUUUCUGUAAUUGCUGCACUUCUUUGUGUGUGUGAGAACCGAUUGUCACAAUCCCAUUUUUUUCCUAUACAGCACAGUCGCAGCUUCUGGGCCCCUAAAACGCAAUCUAACACACUCAUGUACAGAAUGUUCACCUACCUUUUGAGUGUCAUUCUCAGCUGUCAAUUCCACCCAAGUACUCACUGCGGAAAGGUUCUGUCCUACCCACAAACCUAUCACGCGCUCACCUGGUACAAGCGUGUAAUGUAUUUAUAGACUUUUAUGAAUGUUUACAAACUGACUACUAGAAGCAGAUUCUUCCAAUCUUUGGCGGUUUUUAGUCACUUUUCCUCUUAACUAAGACACUUAAUUAAUCCUAAAACAGUUCAGUUUAUGUUUUAUGCAUUAGGAUAGAUUGUUUUUCCCCCUUUACUGUUGUUCUUUCCCUUAAACAAGAUUUGAAGGGCUAUAUUGACUUCGAAACAACUAAUUUAUGUAGCAAUAAGUAGGUGACCUAGCAUGCAGUAGAGCAGAGGUGGGCAACCUAUAGCUUGUGGGUCAAAAAAAAAAAAUCCAUGAAUGCUCAUCAAACACGUUUGAUCGUCGUUCUUCAGUAUGGCACGAGUGACUUGUUAGAAUGAGAAAAAAAUCCCCACUUCUGCAGUCGACACAUCAGGCUUAAUGUGUAUCAGGUAGUACAAGCACUGACGUCACUCUUUUAAGAGACUCAUUUUACGGGCAGCGCAAUGGUCUAGUUACGCACUUGUCCCCAAAAUGGUGGGUCUGUAAAAAAAAAAAAAAAAAAUGUAUGUAUAUAUACCAGUGUGUGUAUAUCUCAUUUAUUUUUUCCCAGGGUGUUGGAUGACUUCAUUUAAAAAUCUGUAAACAUUGUGUGUUAUUUUAAGAUGUGCUUUCCAAAUUUCUUAUGUAACAUGUACACAUUUAUUUAUGACAAAGCUGUUAUUGUCAACUACAUGGCAGUAGUUCCGACAACGAGCUUGGAAUGCAAUGGCGCGGGCAACUUCCUAAUGUGUUGAUGUAGAUCAGGGGUGGGCAACCGUAAAACAAAUUUGGGAAAAUAAAACAAAAAUCUUAAAAUUUUUCAUUUAUUUAGUACGGCCCCAGGAGGAUUGGUUACCUAUCACUGAUCUGAAUGCUGCUAGCCUGCUACUACGAGAUUUUAUUAGUGUUUUUUUGUGUGAGCAUCAAUGAAUAAAAAGUUCAGGUUUCAA